GCGCUCCCGGUGCCCGUGCCCGUGCCCGUCGGUAGCCGCAGCCCGGCGGAGCCGCCCCCGGCCCGCGGCCAUGGGGCACCCGCCGCUGGAGUUCAGCGACUGCUACCUGGACAGCCCCGACUUCCGAGAGCGCCUCAAGUGCUACGAGCAGGAGCUGGAGCGGACCAACAAGUUCAUCAAGGAGGUGAUCAAGGACGGCAACGCGCUCAUCGCCGCCAUCCGCGGGUACUCCUCAGCGGUGCAGAAGUUCUCCCAGACCCUGCAAUCCUUCCAGUUCGACUUCAUUGGUGACACACUAACAGAUGAUGAGAUUAAUAUUGCUGAGUCCUUUAAGGAGUUUGCAGAGCUGCUGCAAGAGGUAGAGCUGGAGAGGUCCAUGAUGGUGCAGAAUGCGAGUGAUUUGCUGAUCAAACCUUUGGAAAACUUCCGGAAGGAGCAGAUAGGCUUCACCAAGGAAAGAAAGAAAAAGUUUGAGAAGGAUGGUGAGAAGUUUUACUCUAUGCUGGAUCGCCACCUGCACUUGUCUUCCAAAAAGAAGGAAUCCCAGUUACAGGAGGCUGACCUUCAGGUGGACAAAGAGAGACACAAUUUCUUUGAGUCCUCCCUCGAGUACGUCUACCAGAUCCAGGAAGUACAAGAAAGCAAGAAAUUCAGUAUUGUGGAGCCGGUGCUGGCGUUUCUCCACAGCCUCUUCACUUACAACAAUCUGACAGUGGAGCUGACACAGGAUUUUCUCCCCUACAAGCAGCAGCUCCAGCUCAGCCUGCAGAACACAAGGAAUCACUUUUCCAGCACGCGGGAGGAGCUGGAAGACCUGAAGAAGAGGAUGAAGGAAGCGCCCCUAACCUGCAAGCUCCCUGGGCAGCCGACCAUCGAGGGCUACCUCUACACUCAGGAGAAAUGGGCACUGGGCAUCUCCUGGGUGAAGUAUUACUGCCAGUAUGAAAAAGAGGCAAAAACCUUACGGAUGACACCCAUAGACCAGAAGCCUGGAGCUAAGCAAGGCACCUUGGACCUGACCCUGAAAUCUUGUGUUAGGAGAAAGACUGACUCCAUAGACAAAAGGUUUUGUUUUGACAUUGAAACCAAUGAAAGGUCCGGGACCAUCACGCUGCAGGCACUCUCGGAAGCCAACCGAAGACUGUGGAUGGAGGCGAUGGACGGGAAGGAGCCAAUCUACCACAGUCCCAUCACGAAGCAGGAAGAAAUGGAGCUGAACGAGGUCGGCUUCAAGUUUGUUCGGAAGUGCAUCAACGCGGUGGAGACGAAAGGAAUCUCCACAGAGGGCGUGUACCGGACUGUUGGCAGCAAUAUCCAGGUGCAGAAGUUGCUGAAUGCCUUUUUUGAUCCGAAAUGCCCCGGGGACGUGGAUCUCCAGAGUGGAGACUGGGACAUCAAGACCAUUACCAGUUCACUGAAGUUCUAUCUCAGGAACCUGUCUGAACCCGUCAUGACAUACAAGCUCCACAAAGAGCUGGUCCUGGCUGCCAAGUCCGAGAACCUGGAUUACAGGCUGGGAGCUAUUCAUGCACUGGUGUAUAAACUGCCUGACAAGAACAGGGAGAUGUUAGAGCUCCUCAUCCAGCACCUCGUCAAUGUGUGUGAGCACAGCCGGGAGAACCUGAUGUCGCCGUCCAACAUGGGCGUGAUCUUUGGGCCCACUCUCAUGCGGGCACAGGAGGACACUGUGGCAGCAAUGAUGAACAUCAAGUUCCAAAACAUCGUGGUCGAGAUCCUGAUCGAGCACUUUGGGAAGAUCUACUCCGGCCCCCCAGAGGACACCACGGCCCCUCCAGUGCCCCCACCCAGGGUGGCUGCCCGGCGCCACAAACCCAUCACCAUCUCCAAACGUCCCCUGAGGGAAAGACCUGUCUUCUUUGGUGCUUCUGUGGAGGAAAGUGGAGCAGAGUGGCUCGCCCAGACCCCCAAUGGUGGUGGCGCGGAAGCCCCCAGACCCCUCCAGCGCAGCCGCCCGCCCGCGCCCCGGCCCGGGGGGGACGAGCCGGGGCGUCCCCCCACCGAGGGCCGGCCCCAGCCCCGCGCAGAGCCCGAGCCGGGCCGGCCGGGGGCCAGGCUGCAGGACGGAGGGGUGAAGCCGGCCGGCAAGGCGGCCAACGGCGUGGUGGCCAGCCCGGCCCUGAGGAGCGGCACGCUGCAGGCCAGGAGACCGGCCCCCCGGCCGGGGGGCAGCAGGGACGGUGAGUGUGACGGUGUCCCUAAGCCGCGUUCCCAUGGCGAUAAGCCGGUGAUAAUGCGUCCUCCCGUGAGACCUCCAGAUCCACCCUGCAGGAUGCCAGUCCCUCCAAAGCUGGAGCAGAGGCCAGAUCUGAUAGCAGGGACAGCAGAGGAGAUGCCCUCAUCUGUGGUGGCCUCUAGGACCAAGUUCUUUGAGACGGCUUCCCGAAGAACAGGCAGUUCUUCAUCACCACAAGGCAGGAUCCCAGGUGAUGAGAGCUGAGGCUAAAGGCUUUGUAAGCACCUCGGCCCAGCUGGACCCAGGAGACUUUCUGUGCUUGUGACCCAGGAGUCACAGCUGAGCCUUGCCAGCCCCAGUGCCCUGGAGAGCAGCCUUCUUACUGGACGAUGAUUUCCGAGCCACAAGUGGCUCAAGAAAUUAGAAGAGGGAGACCACGAUGGAGAGCAGGCCCUGCCCACACGUCUGUGUUGAACUGUUUUCAGCCCUCCCACCUCUCCUCCCCGCAGGCUGUGGCAGUGCCCGUGUGUGCCCGCACACGUGGCGGCAGCGUGGGCAGGGCUGGGGGACACCGACCGGCUGUGGAAGGGACAGCAGAGCCACCACUGACCUGCUCACUUUUGGGAAAUGCCUUGACAAGGGUGACCCCGGACAGUGCAGGGGCUGAGGCCCCAUGCUUGGGUGCAAGGGCAGAGCAGUGGCAGCUGGGGUUGGCCCCCCUUGCCCUGAGAAGUCCCUUCCUCUGUGCUCGUGUCCCUCACUUGGUGAGCUGUGCUGCAGUUGCAGUGUUUGGGGCAGCCGUCCCUGGGAAGGCUGCCGUGCUGAGCAGGCUGGGCAGGGAGGGGGGAAGCACUGUGCUCAGCUCUGUGGGACAUCUCCUCAUCUCCCGGGCAUCAGCACAUCCCUGUCCUGGAAGAUUGUGCCAGCGGGCAUGGCUGGGUCGAGGCCUUGGCCUGAGUGGGGCUGCAGCCCUGCCCGGGGUUGGCUCUCGGGCAGCACUGUCACAUCAGCAGCUCCAAGGGUGCAGCUGGGGGAAGGGAGCAGCAGGUGCUUCUCCUCCUCCUCCUGUGUGAGCCACACUCCCACCGGAUCCGCUUCCCACAGGCACACCAAGAAGUCUGUUCUGGGGUGAUUCUGGUGGGCCAGCACAGAGGUGCUGAGGAUCUGAAACUCACUGAAUGUGGGUCAAACCCACCGUUUUUCUAAGAGCUGCCCAGUUUCUUGUUUUCUUGUUUAUUGAUUUCCAGUCUGAGAUGCCCAGUCUGUCCCUCAGCAGUGGUCCUGUGGGCAAUGCCUGUUGACCCAGGAGCUGUCCCUGGCCAGGACCACCCCGUGCACCCCCAUAGCAGUAGAGGCUUGUCUGCGGCUCCAGCGCCAGGGCCAUACACAGCAGCCUACGGCUCCCCUGCUUCCUCUGCCAGCCCAAAGGCAAUUUCCCCAUUUUGAAUGAUUUUCCUUAGGUGCCGAGGGCAUUCCAAAAGAGUGGCCAAACAUUCCACCAGCUGCUUCCCAGGUGCUCCAUCCCUCGUGCGCGCUGUGUCCUGCCCGGCGCAGGUUUUCCGAUGGGAUGCUGCCGCCGUCCUUCCCGUCUCCCGGGGCUUUGCCUCGUGUGUGAUCUUGUGUCUGUUAUUGCUGGAUGUCACACGCUGGUGCUCACACAUCGUGUCCAUGGUGCUCCUGCUCCCUCGGCUUCAGCAGUGCCCCAGUUGCUCCCUCCUUUGGAUCCGGUACAUGAAAGAGGCUUUAAAACCAAACCAGCCUUGUGCUGUGGUGGCUGAGGCUGUGCCACAGGCACUAGUGGCACCUUGGGCUGUGCUGGGCCCCUCCUGCUGCAGCCCCUUGCCAGCAGCUCCCGGACAGGUGUCUUGGAGCAAGUAGGAUGAAGGUGAAGUCAGAGGGAGCUGCUCUGACCAGCUCAGCGGCAGCCUCGUCCCCUCCUGGGGUGACUGUCCCAGGGCUGUCAGGCUGGUGGCUCCCACACACAAGGCCAGCAUUUCCCAGCUUCCUUCCCCGCUCAGGACUGUGCUUUAGGGACCCCUCAAGCCUGUCAGUUUGGGAAGCUCCCAGGGUUCUGCUAUGGGUGGCUCUGGAGGGGACACCCCCAGGACCCGUCCUGCAGGAGCAGUGGCUGUCACAUCCCCCUCCUGCUCACACCCACUGCCUGGCACAGACCCCCGAGACAGAGCCGGGCUCCACGGGCAGGGGGUCCGAGAGCAGUUGAGUUUCAGUCUCACAGUGUGAACAGUGGGGAGGAAGCAGCUUCUUGCAGACAUAUUUCAUGGUGUCCUUUUAAAGCCCUUUGUCACUUGUGUGUCUGUGCUGGUUUUUCUGCCUCUGUGGGCGCAGCUGAACAUGGGACCAGCAGUGGAGUGGUGGGGGGCUGGGGGUGAGGGGGGCUGUGGGGCCCAAUCCCUGCUGCCGUAGGGGCACAGUCCCCACUGCUCUGGGCACAGUUCCUGCUGCCAGUGCCACAGGAGCAACAGCUGGGAACUCGGGAUUGCCCCAUGUGGGUGGCAGCUCCCCGGCAUCAGCCUGGGAGUUGUUUUUGUUUGUACAAGCGUAGGUUGCUACAAGUGUUUAUAAAUUUCCAUGAAGUCAAA